CUCGAAGAAGAAGACUUCUUCGAUUUCCUGGUCUUGCAUCUGAUGUGUCAAACAGUUUUAGUGGAGGUAGCUAGACUUGGGAGGACAUUUUUCAUCAGAUAGUGUAUACCUGAUUAGAUUUCCUUCUCGAGGUGGAAGGCACUUAAAAGAUUCGUCGGCUCACUUAUUGUUUACGUUUUUUUUUUUAAAGGUUCUCCUUUUCACGUUUUUGUUAGUGUUUGUUUUCUUUACUUUGGUAUAUUCUCUCGUGUACAUGGUGGCAAGAUGCUGGAUUUCUUCACCAUCUUCAGUAAGGGAGGCAUAGUGUUGUGGUGUUUUCAGGGAACCGGUGUUACAGAAUCCUUCACCGGGCCUGUCAACGCGCUGAUCCGCUCCGUGAUCCUUCAGGAACGCAGUGGCAACAAUUCCUAUACUCAUGAUGCCUUGAGUCUUAAGUACAAACUCGAUAAUGAGUUUGAGCUGGUUUUUGUGGUGGGUUUUCAAAAAAUCCUGACGCUGACGUAUGUUGACAAGUUCAUAGAUGACGUACAGCUCCACUUCAGGGAUCGCUAUAAGUAUAUGCUGGAGCAAAAGGGGGCCCGUACACUGUUGAGCAGCUGUUUUGCAUUUGAGGAUGACUUCAAAAUGCUUCUUUGUGAGGCGGAGGAGAGCAGCAAAGCUCGAGGCUCUACCUCCAUGAGGAGCUUCAAUGCUUCCCUGAAAUCCCAGAAAACUGUGAAGUCCAUGAUCGAGACGAAGGGAGGGGAUAAGGGCAAGGAACAGGGUGGCAAGAAGAAUAAGAAUGCCAAAAAAGAGGCUCCUGCUGCUGAGCCUGUGAAAGGGGAACAAGCCAAAGCUCCAGCCAGUCAGAAGACAGUGGAGAAUGGUAACCAGGGCUUGACCCAGGAGGAGAUCAUUCAGAAGAAGAGAGAGGAGUUUAUACGCAAGCGCAUGUGGGCACCUGCAGAGAAGCCCAGUAAGUCCCCCAAACCUGUGAAGGAGAAAACCAAGGGGAAAGAGAAGCGGGUGUGGACCUUGGGUGGUAGCAGCACCAAAGAACUGGACUACAGCCAGUGCAAUGGCAACGGAGACCAAGCUACUGGGGUCCAUGUCCUGGAUGCUCAAGCUGACCCGGGGAUGCAGCUGAGCUCGAUGAAGGGUGACCUGCUCGCUGUGGAUUACGAGUCCAGCGAGGAAGAGGAGGAAGAUGCGGUGGAGAAGGUGGUAGUUGCUGACACAAGCAAACAAAUCCCCAAAAGGGGUGCUUAUGGGGGGAUGUUUUGGAUGCUCAAGGGCCUGGUGGGUUCCAAGAGUCUGAGCCAGGAGGACAUGGAGCCAGUUCUGGAGAAGAUGAGGGACCACCUCAUCGCUAAGAAUGUAGCAGCUGAAAUUGCCUCCCAACUCUGUGACUCUGUAGCCAAGAAACUGGAGGGCAAAGUCAUGGGUACCUUCACUACUGUGGCAUCAACAGUAAAGGGGGCCCUGCAGGACUCCCUGGUCCAGAUCCUGCAACCAAAGCGGCGUGUGGACAUCCUGAGAGACGUCUUGGAGGCUCGGAGCCAGCGCAGGCCCUUCGUCAUCACCUUCUGUGGCGUCAACGGGGUUGGCAAGUCCACCAACCUGGCCAAGAUCUCUUUCUGGCUAAUCGAGAACGGUUUCACCGUGCUGAUAGCAGCCUGUGACACAUUCCGUGCGGGGGCCGUGGAGCAGCUGCGUACCCACCAGCGCCGCCUUAACUCCCUGCACCCCCCUCAGGAUGACAGGGGACGCCCCGUAGUGCAGCUUUAUGAGAAAGGCUACGGGAAGGAUGCCGCUGGCAUCGCCAUGGAGGCUAUCACCUAUGCCCGUAACCAGGACUUUGAUGUGGUGCUGGUGGACACUGCUGGACGGAUGCAGGACAACACCCCGCUGAUGACGGCCCUGGCCAAGCUGAUAGCUGUCAACAUGCCUGACCUGGUGCUGUUUGUGGGGGAGGCUCUAGUGGGCAACGAGGCUGUCGACCAGCUAGUGAAAUUUAACCAGGCGCUGGCUGAUCACUCCAUGUCUGAUAAGCCACGUCUCAUUGAUGGGAUCGUUCUCACCAAGUUUGACACCAUUGAUGACAAGGUUGGCGCUGCUAUCUCAAUGACCUACAUCACAGGGCAGCCCAUUGUGUUUGUCGGCACGGGGCAGACCUACAAUGACCUGCGGAGCCUCAAUGCCCGUGCUGUGGUGGGCGCCCUUAUGAAGGCCUGAGUGGCUGCUGCCUGCAUCUAUGUUCACCACCAUCGUGACAAAGCCAACCACAAACACUGCGCUUUGAGAUGUCUGGUCCUGCAGUUCACAUCCUAACUAUGAUCCUCCACAUGGCACCAAACGCAAAACUCACAGGCGGUUGACUUUUUAAGCAACAUUGCACUAAGAUCUCUUGAAUUUGGACCAACAGUUUAAAGUACCUCAAUUUUGUUUAGCUUUAAAAUGAUGCGGUGAAGUUCAACAAGAGACAUUUCCAUCUGAUCAAAUAGAAAAUGUCAAAUUCACUUCCUGGCAUUGUCUUUUUCCCCUUCACUUCAAUGAAAAAAUGGCAGGUAUGCAUGCUUGCUGGAGGUGACACAUUUCAGCAGCCACCCUGUCCCUGAGUAAAGCUUAGUGACCAUAGUGCCUAUCCCAUCACCACUGCAGAGGUGAUGGUCUGUCUGCUGAAAACAUCAAUAAGCCUGCACAACCCUAAGUAACUCUUGUUGCUCUCGCUCUCCAUGAUGGACCCCUAUGCCCCCUUCUUCCUCUGAAUUGGAGAGUUCAAUUUGGUGGAGGUGAAGAGACAUGGGUUAUUACAUUUGGUGUCAAAGGUCUCUGGACAACAGCUUUCUACCCCUUUGUCAUUUUGAAAACAAAAUAAAAGGGUCAAAAUGACAAGUCUUACAUUUUCAGUCCCAUAUGUCAAUUUGAGAAUGUAAACAUUUCUAAAUAAAGCUGCUAUGAACAGCC